CCAUAUGGCCAACUUCCAUUAUACAAAUGAGGUUUGACCUUAAAGCCAACUAACUCCAAAUAUCACCAUUCACCAAUUCAAAUCCCAUUUCCCAACACACUCUCUCUCUCUCUUCUCUCUCUCUCUAAAAAAUGGAGCAGAGGACCCUGGAGCUCGAACUCAUCUCAGCCAAGGACAUCAAAGACGUCAACCUCAUGUCCAAGAUGGACGUAUACGCCGUCGUCUCCCUCCAAGGCGACGACGACUCUGGCGGCAAGCAGCAGAAAACCAAGACCAAAGUCGUCCGGGGAUGCGGGACCCAUCCCACCUGGAACUUCCACACGAAGUUCGUUCUCGACGAGUACCUAACUCAGCAGAACCGCCUCUUCAUCGUCUUCAAGCUCGUCUGCCAGCGCAGCCUCGGCGACAAAGACAUCGGCCAGGUCGUCGUCCCCGUUAAGGAGCUUUUUGACUCCGUCAAGGCUGACGCCGCCUCCAUGAAGUUCGUCGUUUACCAAGUCAGAAAGCCCUCUGGGAAGCCGAAAGGUGAGCUCAAUUUUUCCUACAAAUUUGGUGACAAAGUGGUGGCUCCACAGGCUGCGGCGACUGCGGCACCAUCGAAGGGUAACGAGCCGGUAACAGCCUAUCCGGCGGUUGGACCGUCAGUCCAGCCGAUGGUGGGGUACGGUGGAUACACCCCUCCAGUUGGCACCUCUGCUGGGCCUCCGCCAUCUGGAUACGAGUACCAACCGCCGCCGCCUGGAUAUGGUUACCCGCCACCGCCACCAGGAUACGGCUACCCGCCACCACCACAGGGAUACGGCUACCCGCCACCACCACCGGGGUAUGGGUACCCGGGGCCGCCACCUCCGGGGUAUGGGUACCCCGCGGUGCAGCAAACCCAACCGGAAGCAAAGAAGAAGAACAAGUUUGGGAUGGGGCUGGGGGCUGGAUUGUUAGGGGGAAUGCUUGGUGGUUUGUUGAUUGGAGAUAUGGUAUCUGGUGGUGGUGGCUGCGGUGGCGGUGGCUGCGGCGGUGGCGGUGGAUGUGGUGGUUAGAUUUUUGGAUGUAUAUUUUUAACUUUUUGUUUAGAGUACUAAGUUUUCUUGUUGAGUUGUUUUGUUUGUUUGAUGGUAUCAUGCUAAAGUCCGGUCUUGACUUAUUGUGUUUACAACAUUAUUCUGUAAAAAUAUAAAAGAAGAGAUAUUAAGUGACAUAUUAGAUUUUCUAUA